GAUUUGGUUGGUUGGAGUUGCAUUGCGUUGUGUUUGUAAAUUGUAAAUAAACAAAAAUACUAUUUUCUCGAAAAUUGUGAUAUAAUUUUGCACUCAUUGUUGUAAUACAGUGCUUUUGUACAUCUUACUGUAGCAAAGAAUAACUGGUACACAUUUUACAAAGGAUCUGAAAACAUAACCUAAAAGUUUUACAAUAUUGAUGAUAAAUAAUGGAAAACGACGAAAUUGGCACCGAUCUGGUCAGCAGCGGCUUCUUAGAAGAAACUUAUGUCGUUAACGCUGAUGAUGUAUUGGAAGAAGAAAACAAUUCGGAUUCAAAUUGUGGAGGAAAACUUGCCCCAUUGAGAGAGCAAGAUCGUUUUCUGCCCAUAGCUAAUAUUGUUAAAAUUAUGAAGAGGGCAAUACCUCCUAAUGGAAAGAUCGCCAAGGAUGCAAGAGAGUGUGUCCAAGAAUGCAUAUCAGAAUUCAUCUCAUUCGUGACCAGCGAAGCCAGUGACAGAUGCCAAGUAGAAAAAAGAAAAACCAUUAACGGUGAAGAUGUUCUCUUCGCCAUGAAUGCUCUCGGAUUUGAUAACUAUGUUGAACCGUUAAAGUUAUACCUUAAGAAAUUUAGAGAAACUGCCCUAUCUCCUGUGACUAUCAAUAAAAUGAAUAAAAUUGUGGUAUACGGAGGGGACGGAGCGUCCUGUGUUCCAAUGGACAAUGACAAUGACUCGCAAUCAGAAGCCACGGUAAUAUAUACCUAUCCUAAAGUAAUUGAAGACUUCACAAUCACGUAAGUGAGAAUCGCCUAAUGGAUCACGUUUGUACAAGUAAGGCAGCAGGAACAUGUAGCUAGCAUAUUUUUAACCUUACCACACUUGUCUUAAGGUCGAGACAAUAAAAAUGUUAGCCUGCUAUGCCUUACGAGGGGUUAAGUCCAGUUUUUAUUGAGUCAGUAAAUUGACAUGAAUAUCAUCAGGACACCAGUGCCGACGUUAUUGUAUAACGCGCCAAUAACAUUGACACAAUAUACAGGAUGUCCCAAAAAGUAGUGUUAAGCCGAAGCCCAGAGGUAGAGCAUCAUAAGGGCGACCCAAAUCACCGUAACUUUUGAUAGUUUUGGAGAUAUGUUUUUUUUUACAACAUUGAGGAUUUUAGUUACAUUCGUGGUAGGGAUGUAAAUACGUCUGAAUCAGUUAGGACUAGUAUUCAUCUAAUAAUAAUAAAAAAAUCCGUCACAGUGACCAAAAAAGUGCCUAAGCACAGAAAUUUAAAGCAAUCAUAACUCGGAAACUAUCAAAAAUCGCGGAACAUACAUGGGGGUGAUUUGGAUAGCCCUAGUGAUGCUCUACCUCUGAGCUGCGGCUUGACACUACUUUUCAAAUUCAAAUUCAAAUUUUUUAUUGCAUAUUAUUAAGUGUUUUUGGGAAAACCUGUAUAUCUUGUCUAUGUGAUGAGUAAAUAUCUCUGUGAUUUUAUGUGUAGUAAUGCUGGAUACUAAAAACUAUUUGAUUGAGUUGAUUUAAAUCAUGAUUUAUUAAUAAAAUUACCGGAGUCUCUUGGCGCAGACUCUACAGCUCUAUGGUCUUUAUUUCACCGGGACACUAUGGCUGCAAACAUAUUGUUGCUACAUUUUGGCGCAAUGUAGUUGUGGCGCCAUUGUGACUUGGUAAAACAGCGAUUUUCAAGAGCCCAGAAUGACAAUGUACUGAUUCAAAUUAAAGAUUGGAAUAUAAAUACCAGUUAUGGCCAGUUUGCAUAAUGAAGACAGUUUUAGGGCUUGUUCGGAUUAGCGUUUUUUCGGGUGGUUACUUUUAUAUUUGGUGCAAAUCGCACGUAUUAAAAGAUUAGUGUAAGUUGUGAUGAAGCUCAAUCCCUUGUCUUGUUCAAAACUCGCUUACAUGAACUCUAAGGCAGGAUUCACAUAGACCGGCGCGAGUCGGUGCAGCGUCCGUUCGGCCAAAAAUGCGGUGGAAUGUGCGCGUCGGAGCGCGUAUCCGCUGGAAUACGCUCGGAGCCCACCGGCUUCCAACGCAUGCUCGCGUUUUUCCGGAUUUCGGAUUGAAAUGUCAGUUAAUCAGUUGUAAGCAAUUACGACUCUAAGAACUGUUAGUAAAAUACUAUUUUCUUUACGGCCGUGUAAGUGCUCUCCGACGCGCGCCGGUCAAUGGGUAUCGUUCCUUACGAUAUUAAGUAUGUUGAUAAGUGUAAUCCGCUGAAGAUGCUAUAAGGGAUCGCUAAUUAUUUUUAAGUACUCACUGGUACUCGUUCCAGAGCUCGAAAAACGCUAAUCUAAAAAGCUCAGUCAGAAAUCAAAGGAAUGACAAGUGCAAUUUUAUUGAGGUAGUCGAUAGUAAUUUAAAC